GAAGUAACACUUGUGUAAACUGCCUUGUCUUGCUAUGCCUCAGUCAAAUAAAUGUUGUUCGCCUCAUCACAUACAUCCUGGUAAAUCUUUUGACUUUACAAUCUUUUUGCCACAUUUUUUUUUUAAAUUUUCAUCAUAAUAAAGACAUUAUUGCUUGACCAUUCCAUGCUUGCACCACAAGUUACAUCAUUUCCUAGUAGGCGUAAUUCAGCUUGGCACAGCAAGUAGAAAUGCAAUCACCCAGAUACACUGUGGUAAUGUGAGAAGAGUGAGAAGAGUUCUUACUCUGGAAAUGCUGAUAAGAUGUUUUUUUGGAAGCAUAUAAGGAUGUAUUUUGGAUGGGUAGUGCUUAUGAUCAUGGUGAAUAAUGGAGUCCAGGCGUGGACAUACCAUUACAACACAAACAGCAACAUGGAGUGGGAGAUGGCUCGCCAGUGGUGCAGGCAGCAUUAUACCGACAUGGUGGCCAUCCAGAACCAGGAAGAGGUUAUCUACUUGAACCAGAUGUUGCCCUUCCAUAGCUCGUACUACUGGAUUGGCCUUAGGAAAGUGGAUGACCGGUGGAUGUGGGUGGGUACCACAAAGCCCCUGGCACCCGAGGCAGCCAGCUGGGCAACAGGAGAACCCAAUAACCGGGGAACUAGCGAGGACUGCGUGGAGAUCUACAUCAAGAGGUCCAAGGACACGGGCAAGUGGAAUGAUGACAAGUGCAGCAAAAAGAAAGCAGCGCUUUGUUACACCGCAUCGUGUUUUGAGGGGUCAUGCAGUGAACAUGCCGAGUGUGUGGAGAUCAUUGGAAACUACAUAUGCAAGUGUAAUCCAGGGUUCACAGGACCCCGCUGUAAUGAAGCUGUAGAGUGUGGCAUGGUUAAAAAUCCAGAGCAGGGUUUUGUGCAGUGUAACCAUGUUUAUGGAGACUUUCGUUUCAAUUCAUCCUGCGACUUCCACUGUGCCCGUGGCUACAUAUUACAGGGUUCAAAACAUCUACACUGCUUGUCAUUGGGGAAGUGGGAUAGUGAGCCUCCUAAGUGCCAGGUUGUUAAAUGUCCUGCAAUUACCACUACAACCAGUAGUUGGAAUAUGACAUGCAGCCAUCCUCUGCACACAAACAGCUACAACUCUACAUGUGUGUUCAGUUGUGAAGAGGGCUUUGAGCUGAGAGGUUCACACACAACCCUGUGUGAUCACACUGGACAGUGGACACAUAACACCCCAACCUGCACAGCUGUGACCUGUGACCCACUUGUGAGCCCUGUAAAUGGUCACAUGACCUGUACUGAUCCACUGGGAAAGUUCUCCUUCCGUUCAUUGUGUGCUGUGAACUGUGAGGAAGGAUACAGACUUAGAGGAGAAAACACACUCACCUGCCUCAAGACCGGCAACUGGUCAGCAGCAACACCAACAUGUGAAGUCGUAAGGUGCAGCGCUCUCAGUUCUGCUCCUCGUGGCUCCAUGCAUUGUACGGACCCAUUGGAAAAAUUUGCUUAUGGCUCCAUUUGUCAGUUUGAGUGUGACAUCGGGUUUCUGUUGAUGGGUUCAAACUACACCUACUGUAACUUACAGGGGAAGUGGACCCACAGUCUUCCAGUAUGUCAAGCGGUACAGUGUUCUCCACUGUCUGCUCACUCGAGUGAUCUGAGAAUGGACUGCACUCAUCCCCUCUCCACCAACAGCUACAGCUCCACUUGUGUGUUUAACUGUGACAAGGGCUUUAAGCUCAUAGGUUCCUAUAAAACUCAGUGUGAUCACACUGGACAGUGGACACCCAAGACCCCGACUUGCAAAGCUGUGACCUGUGACCCACUUGUGAGACCUGAGAAGAGUCACAUGACCUGUACUGAUCCACUGGGAAAGUUCUCCUUCCGUUCAUUGUGUGCUGUGAACUGUGAGGAAGGAUACAGACUUAGAGGAGAAAACACACUCACCUGCCUCAAGACCGGCAACUGGUCAGCAGCAACACCAACAUGUGAAGCUGUGACCUGUGACCGUAUAGUGAACCCUGUAAAUGGUCACAUGACCUGCGCUGAUCCACUGGGAAAGUUCUCGUUUCGUUCAUCGUGUGCUGUGACCUGUGAGGAAGGAUACACACUUAGAGGAGAGAACACACUCACCUGCCUCAAGACCGGCAAGUGGUCGGCAGCAUCACCAACAUGUGAAGCUCGACAGUGCCCUUUGCUGUCCAGUCCAGAGAAAGGCUGGAUGAAUUGCUCUCACCCUCACUCGCGCUUCAGUUACGGCUCACGUUGUAGUUUUGGAUGUGAGAUGGGCUAUGUGCUCAGAGAGAAAUCUAAGCUGGACUGCACAUCAGCUGGAACCUGGAGUCAGGAGAUACCUUCUUGUAAAGUUGUUCAGUGUGAAUCCCUCUUGUGGGCACGUCUUUCGCAAUCAAAUUCCACUCCUGUCCCCUUUAUGAACUGCUCCCAUCCAAGAGGCAACUUCAGUUUCGGCUCCAAGUGUGUGUUCAGCUGUCCUGAAGGCUACAGGCUGAAUGGAACUACUGACCUGAUCUGUACGUCUGCUGGACUUUGGACUGAUCUGCUGCCUACCUGCAUCAUGGAGGACAUGCCAUUAGGUACUGCCUUUCUUGUAUACAGUGCAGUAGGAGCAGCAUCAUCACUUGGCCUGCUGCUGAUGGGGGGAGUGGUCAUGCUGUUGGUGCGGCAGUUCAGCAAGGAUAAGUUCACUCCAGAUUACUCAGCCUGGGAUGGAGCUCUAAAUCCAGUAUUUGAAGAAAAUUAACCAUUUUAUGGAUAACAUACAAUACUUCAUUAUGUACUAGGACAUGACAUAAUAAUUGUAAUGUUGAUUGGAUGAAAUUUUACCACCAUAUUAACUGUCUUCCUGAGGAUCUGAAAUACGAAUAAAGGAGAAAUAUUUUGA